AAAAAUCAAUUAAAAUCUAUGCAUAACUCUCUCUCUCUCUCUCUCUCUCUCUCUCUCUCUAUGCAUCAUUCCAUCGCAGCAUCAUAAUUCAUCAUUAUCAGCAUCAUCGUUUAUGUCAAUUUUUUACUUUUUAUUUUUAUAAAAUCAGUACCUCAAAAUCUCUUCCCAUUUCCAUUUUCCAGUUCUUUCCAUUCCCAUUCGUAUGUAAAUUUUUUUUAGUUGUACCAUUUUUUUUUUUUUUUGUUAAAAUUGUUGAGUGUAAUCUGAGUUUUGAUAACUUUUUGAUAGAAAAGAAGCUUCUUAAUUUAGUAAUAUAGAUAUUGACAUUGAGAUUUGUGAAAAAAAAUAAAUCUUGAGGGUUCUUGAUUUUUAAUAUUUAAUUUUCUUGGAGAAUGCUAAGUUUAAAGACGAUUUGUGGUGAUGAUGGGGUUUAGGAAAUGGGAACAAAGGUGAAAAAAAUUUGCAUUCAAAUUAGAUGCUGGAGUGAUUGAAUCCCGAGCCAAGGCUCGGGAAAGGCAAACAAUGAACCCUACAACUAUGGCGGAUGCUUUGGAAAAUGUACAACCACCACCUCUUUCUCCUCCUCCUAUUUUGCCACCUCCGGAUGGAUUUAUGCAGAAAUUCCGACUCUAUGCAACACAAUCGAAAUUCUAUAUGGUCGGAAGGGACAAAAGUAGAACAUACUGGAAAGUGUUAAAAAUUGAUAGGACAGAACCCGCUGAGCUUAACAUUCGUGAAGAUCCUGCCACAUACACAGAAAGGGAAUGCUCUGACCUAUUGAGAAGGAUACACGAGGGAAACAGGGUUACGGGAGGACUUAAGUUUGUUACUUCUUGUUAUGGCAUCGUUGGAUUCAUUAAAUUUCUAGGGCCCUAUUACAUGCUACUUAUUACAAAAAGAAGGCAGAUCGGUUCAAUUUGCGGUCACAAUGUCUAUGCUAUCUCUAAAAGUGAGAUAAUUCCCCUUCUGAAUUCUGUUGUCACAUCCAGCAUGGUUAAUUACAAGAAUGAGAACAGAUACAAGAAGCUCUUGUGCAUGGUGGAUCUGACGAAGGACUUCUAUUUUAGUUACUCCUACCAUGUGAUGAGGAGUCUUCAGAAGAACAUGUGUGAUAAUGAAACGGGACAAGUCCUGUAUGAAACCAUGUUUGUGUGGAAUGAGUUUCUUACUCGUGGAAUACACAAUACUCUUCAGAAUACUGUUUGGACCGUUGCAUUAGUCUAUGGAUUUUUUAAGCAGGCUACACUUUCUAUAUCAGGGCAUGAUUUCAAGCUGACUUUAAUUGCCAGGCGUUCACGGCACUAUGCUGGUACCAGAUAUCUAAAACGAGGGAUCAACGAGAAGGGCAGAGUUGCCAAUGAUGUUGAGACUGAGCAGAUUGUAUUUAAGGAUGUUCCAGUAGGGUUCCCUAUGCAGAUUAGUUCUGUUGUCCAAAAUCGUGGGUCGAUCCCUCUAUUCUGGUCACAGGAAACUUCACGCCUAAAUCUUAAGCCUGAUAUUAUAUUGUCAAAGAGGGACCAUAAUUAUGAGGCUACAAGACUUCAUUUCAAAAAUCUUGCCAAGCGAUAUGGGAACCCUAUUAUCAUUUUAAAUUUGAUUAAGACAAAUGAAAAGAAGCCUCGAGAAUCCAUUCUUCGUACUGAGUUUGCUAAUGCUAUCGAAGCUAUUAAUAAGGAUCUCUCAGAGGAGAAUCGUCUUAAAUUCCUCCACUGGGAUUUCCACAAACAUUCUCGGAGGUAUCUAAUGUUUUAUCCUUUAAGACAUGCUGCUUUUGUAGAAGGCCUGACUAGUCUUUAUUUUUUAACUAUUUUCCUCAGUAAAGCUACAAAUGUUCUUCUUCUCUUGGGAAAGGUGGCUGCAUAUGCAUUAACUCUUACAGGUUUCUUCUAUAGUCAAUUAACACCAGCCUUGCAAUCAGAGGGAUGUCUAGGAUGGCCCUCUUUUGAUAAUGUUGCUACUCCUGAUAAGUCCGCCACAAGAUAUUGCAACAGCAAAUGCAAAAACCAUCUCUAUGAUGAGAAUGAGGAUUCUGAUAAAACAGAUAGACAGACUAGCGAAGGCAAUACUGUUUCUAAUGGCAAUUUUUCUGUCAAACCUCCACUGUUCCAAAAGGGAGUGCUGAGGACAAACUGCAUAGACUGUUUGGAUCGCACUAAUGUGGCACAAUAUGCAUAUGGCUUGGCUGCUUUGGGAUAUCAGUUGCAUGCCCUUGGAGUAACAACAUCUGCCAAGAUAGACCUUGAUGAUCCUUUGGCUGAUGAAUUGAUGGCUUUUUACGAGAAAAUGGGUGAUACCCUUGCACAUCAGUAUGGUGGUUCGGCUGCUCACAACAAGAUUUUCUCUGCGAGAAGGGGUCAGUGGAGAGCUGCAAUCCAGUCCCAGGAAUUUUUUCGAACUCUACAGCGAUAUUAUAGCAAUGCUUACAUGGAUGUGGAGAAGCAAAAUGCCAUCAAUGUGUUUUUGGGGCAUUUUCAACCUCAACCAGGUAAAGCUGAUGUAUGGGAGCUGGAUUCUGACCAGCAUUCCAAUGUGGGAAGGAAUGGGCAGUCAAAAAGUGAUGAAAAUGGAAGGUCAUUAUUUAAAAGGUCAUGGUCAGAUGGGAACAUUCUUUGUGAAAGUGACUCGCCCAUGUCCACCUCGAACGUCAAUAAGGAUUUCCCAAGUUCUGACUUUUCUAGCAAGUCAAAAGGAGGAAGCAAAAUGCUUUCUGAAUCAUCACCAGAAAUAUCAACUUGCGAAAGUGAUUUAACAUAUUCUAGAUAUGCUCCUUCAAUGCCUGCUAGGGUUCUUUUUGCUGAAAUGCAAAAAGACAGAUGCCUCGAACAUGAGCAUGGAGACACUAUCGACAGCUCAAACUUCGUUGACUUAGAUUGGCUUUCUUCUUCUGGAAAUUCAUGUGAGGAUGAGUUGUUGGAAAGGACAAUGCUCACAGCCUCCCCAAUUGCGAUGCUUUCAUCAGAAAAUAUUGCCAAUGAAAUUGUAGGCGAUACAACCCCAUCUACCAGUGAAUGCGGAUCUAGCACAAGGGGAAGGCCAACUGGAAAUGACUUGGCGUACGAUGAAGGCCAUAACUAUGAGGUCCUCGAGGAAUAUUCAGAUAGUUUUGUGCAUUGGGUGAAUUAUGGAGAGACUCUUUCUCAUUGAGGUUUUGUUUCGCUUCCCUGCACAUUUAGCAUUUCAUCUCCAGAUAUUCUUAUGGCAGCCAUCCAGAGAGGGAGGACGCUUGUGUUACGGAGAAAUUAUGGACGAGGAGAAACGAAAUAUGAUGUACCAGCAUUCUUUUUGUUUGUUAUUUUCUAAGGAGAGCCAUGCUCUUGACCUCCAAUGUGAUUUGUUCGAUCUCAAAAACCUCGGUCAGAGCUUGAUUUACUAGCAUGGAGUAAAAGCCAACGUGUUUAACAUUCUUUUCGGAGUUCUUUUUAUUUUUUGUACUAUUUUCCUUGUUAUCAAUUGAUGGAUUCUAGGUUCCCGUUUUCUUUUGUAAAUACAUGUAAGAAUUAAUCUCCGGGAGCUCCAAUCUUUGUAGUAAUAGUUCAUUGAUUCUUUACAUCCAUGCUGUGGUUUUAACUU